AUGUCGUUGGCUGGGGCGUCCUUAGACUUUGGCUGCGGAAUCGUGCAGAUUGUUUGGAACACUUGGAUUGGGGCCUUUGUAGACUCCAUUGAGUGGAUCGGCGAGAACAUCGAGAUCAGUGCGACGGUUUGUUUCGUCGUCACUUUUUUGGGUGCUUGUAUGGCUCUUGGCCAUCCACUCCCUGCCUUUCCUGCUGCGUUGUUGCUGAUGUUUCCCGUCCUUGGCAUUAUUAUUGCAAUCUGGUUUCUGCUGUUGGCAGUCUCGUUUGUGGUGGUGUUUCUCUUCGCACUGAUUGUUGCAAUCAUUGUGGUGCCUAUCACGUUAAUUGUAACACUUCUGAUUCUCUUGGUGACUUUAUUGGUCUUUGCUGGUCUUGUGCUGUUGGCUUUCACAGCUUCCUGGCUGAUCUAUUUGAUCGUCUUGCUCACUGUGACGCUGUUUGGCUUGGGUGCGGUGGAUGGUUCUCUCAGGGCCAGCAAGAAGUCACGUGGCAGCUGCGGCAAGUGCACAGAGCAAGGAUUUGUGUCCAAAAGGGUGGUACCGGUACUCAUUUACCUCGCGGCAGCCUUGGUGGCCAAUGUUCUCGUGCUUUGGGACCUUGGGGUGUUGUUCGUUAUGUGGAGCAGCUUUCGGGAAUUCAGUGGGAUUCAGCUUCCGAUCGCCCACGAGAGCAUGAAGAAGCUUCUCGAAGCCGCUGGUAUCAACUUGACCGGCUUCUUCGAUUUCCUUGCUUCGAUCUACUCCAUCUUCUACCACCUGCAGCAGACGAUCCAAGAGAUCACCAAGUUCGAUUGCUUUUACCUCCUUUCUAUGAUGUCAGCUUCACAACUCGUUGCCGGCAUGCUAGCUCUGAACUUCUUCCAGGCGACCGAUGUCAAGGUGGCAUUGACCCACAUGUUGUCCCAUUGCUUUGACCAACCUGGACACGCGUUGGCCACGAAGACCUUGCUUGCUGCAAGUGAAAAAAUGAUAGAGCUGAUGAUGGUCGCCGGCAGCCCCACGUUCAUCCGCAUGUUCAGCUCGCCCUUUGCCGGUUGCGAUGCGUUCAUUGACAACAUUUCUGGCAUUUGCGGCAUGGUUUGCUUGUGGUUCGUUGGCGUUCCCGCACUUUUGAUUGCACCGGACCUCAUGAUGUCGAGCCUGUCAUUCAAGAGCCGGUGGUCACCCCGUCAAGCUUGUGCGGAAGUAGCACGUCGAGCUUGUGCCAAGGAUCGUCCUUGGCGAAUGGCGAGCGUGAUGUCGGUGCUCAUUGGACGCUGGGGCGACCUGUCUCUGGAAGCGUGUGGAUUGUUGAAGUUCCGAGCCAAAAAGCGCGAAAAGUCCACAGACCUGGGCGAAUCACAGGUGCAAGCAUACAUCGAGGUGUCUUCGGCCUUCAUCUCCCCUGCUUUUCAGAUUGUUCCCUGUGGAAAAGUCCUUUCGCAGCUCAUGGACGCCUCGAACGUAGGGCAUGUGUGGAUCGACUCGGAUCAGGCGAUCCCAGUGCAGGAGGCAACUCGAUGGAGCCGGGCCACCAAGAUCUUGGCGGUGCUUCGAUUUUGCCUUCUGCAGCCCAUCCCGUUCUUGCAGGAAGCUUCUCCUGGGCAGGUGACGUUGCUGUGGAUUUGCAUUGCGGUCACUUUCUUGGAAAAGGCAUGCAGUGCAAUGAUCGCGAAUCCGCAGCCCCCGACAGAUGAGUAUGAGGACGAGAAGUUGAGCAGCGCGAUUUCAGGUGUAGUGAGCAGGGGCUUUCAUGCUGGUUGCCGUGAGCUACGAAAUAUUUGGGUUGCAUUGGCGACGAUCUUCACCUUAGCACUGCAGCUGGCUUGGAAAGGAAUUGGUAUCGCGGCCUUGGCAGCUUACAGGACGGGCCUCGCGGGUAGAAACGCUCUGCUUGCUGCAGGUGGUGUCCUGGGUGCCGGUAUGAUUGGGCAUGGCAUGCGCGCUCGUGAUGCCCCCGGCAGUGCUGAUAGUUUUUCAGCGGAUGUUAUUGCAGAAGAGGUGCCACCUGAACAUCCGGUUGAACCAGACGUACCACCAGAUCAUACUGAUGCCACGAAGGAAGACGCUGAUGCCUUGCCUGAUUCCUCCCCUGAUGCCAUGAGUACUAUUUUUGCUUCAUUCUCCGCUUUGUCUGCCACGUUUCAGAGUAUGUUUGGUGCCAGUGAUGGUGAUCCAGAUGACGGGUCUCCUCGUUCUCCAAAAACAGGCCCAGAUGACGUGUCUCCUCGUUCUCCAGAGGAAGAGCCGACGACUUACGGUACCGCGCUAGACCCUUCAGACGAAGAUUACAUAAGCAUUUGA